AUGCAUGGCACGAACGUUCUAAUAUCCUUUGCCCACAGUGCUGCGAUGGCCCUAUUUCUGGCUACUACGGAUGCGACCAUUGUUUCGACGAGCUUGCCCACGAUUGCAAGCGAGUUCAACGCCUCCCAAAUUCAGUACACAUGGGUUGGCGUGGCUUACAUGCUCACGCAAACCGCCUUUCAACCUUUGUACGGCCGGAUCUCUGACCUUGUUGGUCGUAAGAACGUUCUAUACUCCAGCAUUUCCAUUUUUGCAAUCGGUUCAUUGCUUUGUGGUGUUGCUCGAUCCAUUGAAUGGCUUAUCGCGGCCCGUGCACUAGCUGGAAUCGGUGGGGGCGGCAUCGUAAGUUCCGUGUGGGUUAUUACUGCGGAGAUCGUAGACGUGCAACACCGCGCGAAAUGGUCUCAGGCUUUGAGUGUUACAUGGAGUUGCUCAGCUAUUGCUGGCCCCCUCCUCGGUGGCGUUUUUAGCGGUAUGUUCCAAAGCGACUGCUCGAUUGCGGCUGGCAAGUUGACAGAGAAAAUAGAUGUGCAUCAAUCAAGUCCACUGAGUUGGAGAUGGGGUUUCUACAUCAACCUUCCAAUCUGCUUCGUUGCUCUCGUUGUCUUGUCAAGCUCGCUUCGUGGCAUCACAUUCAUUCAAUCAUCCAGCGCGUCAUGGCGUACUCUGGCACAAAAGUUUGAUUUCGGCGGAUUGUUCUUGUUCAUGGGUGGCACCAGUUGUAUCAUCAUUGGGUUUGGCUUUGCGACCGAAAUGGGAUGGUCUAAACCUUCUACAUUGGUACUUGUAAUAUCAGGACUUGCAAUUCUGAUCUGCGGCGGAUUUUACGAAAAAUAUACAUCAAGAGACUGUCUAUUUCCAGCGACGACCUUUACUGACCUUACAACAAUCACAAUUCUCAUCAUAACUUUCCUGCACAAUUUCGCGUUCAAUGCAGGGACAUUUUACUUGGCAUUAUUUUAUCAGGCCGCAAACGGUUCGACACCCUUUGAGGCUGGCAUUAAGCUUCUCCCUUACUCGCUUGGUUCAUCAUUGGCCUCGAUGCCUGCCGCCUGGUUUAUCGGGUAUAUGCAAAAACGAAGCCACGAUACGAGCGCGCAAAACAAUAUUGUUUCGGUCGGGUUGCUGCUGUCUACAGCUGGUUUCGGACUGUUAAGCGCUCUUAACGAACAUUCAAGCGUUCUCACACAAAUCCUCUAUCCACUUGUUGCCGGGAUUGGAUUAGGGAUGCUCUUUCACGCACCCUAUCAGAUAUUCGCCAACGCCUUGAAGCCUAAUGAACUGGCAACAGGAACAAGCGCCUUCUUCCUCGUCCGAUUCACUGGUGCAACGGUUGGCCUCGCCGUCGCUGGCGCCGUUUUUUAUGCUCAGGCUUCAGCUAAUCUUCCUCCCGGUCUUCUUUCUUCGGAUUCUGGAUCAUCAAUUGAUUACACAGGACUUGCUUCACUUGAGCCAUCGGAAUUUAGAUCCAAAGUUCUGCAUGUUGUUUCAUCUUCAAUUCAGACGAUAUGGGCGGUCUGUUCACCGUGUUUAGGCGUCGCCUUCCUUACGUCUUUCCUCCUCCGCAGAGUGACCAUCGACGAUCCACAAACCACGACACGGACGGAUUCAACCGUUGAAUCAAGCGUGACCGAGAAGGUUUAG